AUGGCAGGACUACGAAUUUGCGCUGAUGCCAUCAGCCACAACAGUGCCAUGGCUGCCAUGGGCGCCUGCAAGUCGUGGGCAAUGGCAAGUGAAGUGCAACGGUCAAUGCAACGGAGUAUCUCUUCGGAUGUCUUCAGCUUUAACACUCUGCUGAGCUCGUAUGCUUCAGCUGGCUACUGGCUGAAGUCUAUACAAGUCCUUGCAAGCAUGGCAAUCCGAUCUUUGCUCGCUGAUGUCGUGAGCCACAAUGCAGCGCUCGCCAGUUGUGCAUGGCAGAGCCUGUGGCGUUCGGCGCUGGCGGUGUCCAGGAACUUCCACGCUGACCAAGUGACCAUCAACACGGUCAUCUCAGCUUGUGCCGCUGCUUCUCGAUGGCGAAACGCCAUGUUUACCUUGAGUCGAUGUGAAUGUGAUGUGAUUGGUGGUACUGCAGCCUUGAGUGCCUGCGGAGGUGACCAAUGGGACAUGGCGCUUCAGAUGUUGUCAACAAUGGCAAGACGACUUCGAAUCAACAUCGUGACUCUGAAUGCAGCUCUGAGUGCUUGUGGAGAUCGCUGGGAAGUCGCACUAUUGCUAUUUGAUGAGGCCAAGGCAGAGCCGAGCAUGCUGACCUAUAGCAGCGUCAUCAGCAGCUGCGAGAAGGGUCGACAGUGGCAGAUGGCUUUGCACUUCCUGGAGUUGAUGCACAGGUGCUCCAAGAGACCCAGCGAGAUCACCGUGAACGGCGUCAUUUCUGCCUGCGAGAGGACUUCAAUGUGGCAGAAAGCACUUCAUCUUCUUCACCAGUUGCCAUCCUGGCAGCUGCAACCAACAGUGGUGAGUUACAGCAGCGCCAUCAAUGCAUGCAGCAAGAGCGUUCAAUGGCAGUUGGCACUGCAACUCUUGGUGACUCCCAAAGAUGCCGCUGUGGCUGCCUUUGCGUCCACCCUGACUGCUUGUCAGGCAGCUGGGCAGUGGCAGCCGGCGCUCGCUGUCUUCGCGACGAUGGCGAGACCAACGGCUUUGUGCAUCGCGGCGGCGAUGGAGACCUGUGAGAAGGGCGGUGCUUUCUCAGCAGCAGCUGAACUUUUGGACAAACUCUUUGCGCUUGAGCAUCCAUGGGCUCUACUGAAAGACGUCCUCUAG